AUUCAGACUGAAGUGAAAAAAAUGUUAAUGUGGAGUAAUCUUUAUUACAAAGUCAUCCUUUCAAGUUUAAAAGCUAAGCUCAGUAAAAGACAGCUGGAUUUAAAUGGUAUCUCUUGUCAAUCAACAGGAGACAAGUUUGGAUUCUGCACAGUGGCUGAAUGCAGGCACCCCAGAGGUCUUCUACAGAAGGUCACGUUUGGAACCACUUAACAGGGUUCCUGACAAUGACUUUAUCAUUGAUGAUUCUGAAGAUGGGGAGGAGGACGACAUGUUUGACAUUUCUUCAGAAAAUGGGGUUAUUCCAUUGGAAGAAGUGGAUCUUUGCACAAUUCUAAGGACUUUUAAAGAGGAACACAUUUCUGACGACCAGAUAUCCAUCAUUUGCAUCAGGAGGAGAAAGCUUUUGGAGAGUGCCAUUAAGGCCAUCUCCAGGGUCACAUUUUCCUGGACUGACUUGCCACAGAUAGAGUUUGUAGGAGAAGAUGCAGAUGAUAUGGGGGGACCACAACGAGAGUUUUUCAGACUCUUGAUGAUAGAACUACAGACCUCUCUUGGCAUCUUCGAGGGAAAGGCUGGCCAGGUCUUUUUUACUUAUGACCAGGCAGCAUUAGAGCAGCGAAAGUACUUCAAAGGUGGCAACCUCAUUGCGUGGUCGAUUGCACAUGGAGGUCCAUGUAUCAGAGCCCUGGAUCCCAGCCUCUUCCAGCUGAUGUGUGGCCAGGAGCCACAACUGGAGCAGUUUGACUCGCAUGUGCUGCCUGACCCUGAUGUGCAAAGCAAACUCAAACAAAUCCAGCAGUGCAAGACUGCAGAGGACCUGACUGCACUCCAGCAAGACCUGGGUGACUGGAUUGCAGAGUGUGGCAUUCCAGGCAUAUUUAAUGCUACAGUGGAAGACAUGCCGAAAAUCUAUGCAUACGUAGUGAAGCACUACAUCUUUCUCAGAACAGCCAAGAUGAUACACCAGUUCACAGAUGGAAUGAAUGCAUAUGGGAAGCUGUGGGACCUGGUCAUGGACAACUGGAUUGCCUUCCUGCCUUUGUUCACCAACAUGCAGGAACCUCUGUCAAAGGCAGCUUUCAAGGCCAUCUUCAGGUAUAACUACAGCACAAGAGGAUCCAACCAUCGUGAGGCAGAGGAGGACACCAUCUUCAGCUGGGAGAUGGUUCUUAACAUGAUUGAAGACAAAGUGACAGAGCUGAGAUUUGAAGACCUUCUGAUUUUUGUCACUGGAGCAGAUGAAGUCCCUGCCCUCGGCUUUCCCAGGAAGCCCUGCAUUGACUUCUAUGAACAGGAAGCAGGCCAGCGUCGUUUGCCCUACGCAUCUACCUGUGCAAUGUGCCUUUACCUCCCAAGAGGUAUCACAGAGGAGGACAAACUGCAUGAGAUGCUUUUCCAGGCCACAAGAGACUCAUUGGGAUUUGGAAAGGUUUAGUUCACAACAUUAGGAAUGCAACAAUCAUAGAUAAUGAUGGUCUGCUGCUCCAUCCAUUGCAUUUUGCAGCAUCCGCUGCUGUUCAGAGGUCAGGUUAUAGGGUGGUUGUGACACACUCACUCUUCGAUCAAGG